UGAAAAAACAAAAUAAAAGCCGUGCGUGUGAUAUCAGGGCUCACCUCACAGCCUCUCUCUCCUCUUCUCUCUCCCCGACUUGCUUGGAAAAAACACAGGGUUGACGGCAGAGAGGCGAGCCGCCACCUCUAUCUCUCUCUACAUCUAUCUCUCUACCUCUAUAUCUCUACCUCCAUAGACAGACCCUGUAAGUCAUUCACCAUUUCAGGUGUAAUCGGUCUGGUCUGGUUGGUCUUGGAUGGAGGUUUUGGAUCGGACCAACCGUUAAGGCUUGAAGACCGGACCGGACCACUUUGGCUCGGUCAGGCCGGUCUUAUCGGGCUGUUUCGAUGUUAAGAGCAAAACAGAUCGGUAGUCUUUCCAGUAGUGCUAGGUCCUUUUUCCUUAAUGGGUCACGAUGUGGUGCCGCAGAUGGAAGUUCAUGCACUUGCUGCGAAGAUGAAACUUGUAUUUCAAGAAGACAGCAUAAAAGAAAUGAAGUUCUACUUGCACAAAAGCCAUCCACCUUAGUAUCCACAUCUUCAGGAAGGGUAGGAACGUUGGUUUCAGAGAAGUCAGUUAAAGUGCUAGGCUCUCAGAAGGCUGAGAACGUUGGCCACCAGAGUCCUCUAAAACAGGUUGUUUCUGCCCCAAGUUCGUUGCGGAGAUCCGAUUGUGUAAGUUAUGCUAGUGGCAUUGAUGCUGCUCAGAAGGAUGUGGUACAGUCAUCUCCCCUGGUUGCCGAUCAGCUUGUCAAGGCUGGUAUUGCAGCAGUAAAUUUUCUGUCCGAUAUUGUAAAUUAUAAGAUUCCUCUAUCAGGUGGGGAUGGAAUACUAAACACACCAAUGAACUGUAUGGUUGAUCCCACUAGGCCUCUUUCCAGCAUCAAACCAUCAAAUGUGAGACGCAUCAAAAGAGAGAACUUUUCCAGUGUUCAUCCGAAAUCAUCUGUUGUGCAGAUAGCAGAUGGGUCAAGCCAUACGACAAACGAGCAUGCUGCAAGGGAUAAAGUUGAUAGAUCAAAUUUGGUUAAAAAUAUUAAACAUGUUCCUUACACUGAAACUGGGAAUUCGGUGGCAACUCACAGUAUAUCUACGGAUACUCGUGAGAAGAAGACUGUACCACAGAGACCAAGAUUUCAUUCGAAUCGCUUCACAUCAAAUAUUAACUCCAACAUGCAGACUUCAGAUGCAGAGAUUUUGGGUUCUAACAGUAGAGGUUUCAACAAACAGGGUAGAGGUUUUCACAAAGCCCCCAGUAAUCUGACAAUGACGACUGGAAUUGCUCCAAUCAAGCGGCAGGUUGCAAAUACUGGAUAUACUGUGGAUAGUGUUUAUCAAAUACUGCAACAACUGAAGUGGGGCCCUGCAGCAGAAAAGGCUCUUGGAAAUAUCAGAUGUUCAAUGGAUGCAUUUCAGGCAAACCAGAUUCUCAAGCAACUUCAGGACCACUCAGUUGCUCUUGGCUUCUUCUAUUGGUUGAAACGGCAACCUGGGUUCAAGCAUGACGGGCACACUUACACCACUAUGGUUGGCAUCCUUGGUCGUGCCCGGCAGUUUGGCACAAUAAACAAAUUACUUGAUCAGAUGGUGAAGGAUGGCUGCCAGCCUAAUGUUGUGACAUAUAACCGUAUGAUUCACAGUUAUGGUCGUGCAAACUACUUGAAGGAGGCGCUCAAUGUCUUCAAUCAAAUGCAGGAGGAAGGAUGUGAACCUGACCGUGUCACCUACUGCACACUUAUUGACAUCCAUGCAAAAGCUGGAUUUCUUGAUGUUGCCAUGUGUAUGUACGAAAGAAUGCAAGAGGCUGGCCUUUCUCCUGACACAUUCACUUACAGCGUUAUCAUCAACUGCCUUGGGAAAGCUGGGAAUUUGACUGCUGCCCACAAGCUAUUCUGUGAGAUGAGAGGUCAGGGUUGCAUUCCUAAUUUAGUCACCUACAAUAUCAUGAUUGCUUUGCAAGCCAAGGCAAGGAACUAUGAGACUGCCUUGAAGCUUUAUCGCGACAUGCAGAAUGCAGGAUUUGAACCUGAUAAAGUGACGUAUAGCAUAGUGAUGGAAGUUCUUGGCCAUUGUGGGUACCUUGAGGAAGCUGAAGCAGUGUUUGGAGAGAUGAAACGGAAAAACUGGGUCCCAGAUGAACCUGUUUAUGGUCUUCUAGUAGACUUGUGGGGAAAGGCUGGUAAUGUUGAAAAGGCUCGGGAGUGGUAUCAAACAAUGCUCUAUGCAGGUUUGCGGCCUAACGUGCCAACUUGCAAUUCCCUGCUCAGUGCUUUCCUUAGGGUGCACCUACUGUCAGAUGCAUAUCACUUGCUACAAAACAUGGUGGGUUUGGGUCUAAACCCUUCUCUGCAAACUUAUACCUUGCUCCUCAGUUGUUGUACAGAAGCACAAUCAUCAUAUGACAUGGGGUUUUGUUGCGAUCUCAUGACCAUCACAGGCCACCCUGCACAUACAUUUCUACUGUCCAUGCCAGCAGCAGGACCUGAUGGUCAAAAUGUGCGGGAUCAUGUAAGCAGGUUCUUGGACUUGAUGCAUUCUGAGGAUAGGGAGAGCAAGAGGGGACUUGUGGAUGCAGUGGUAGAUUUUCUUCACAAGUCAGGGCUCAAGGAGGAGGCAGGUUCAGUUUGGGAGGUGGCUGCACAAAAGAAUGUGUACCCAGAUGCUGUCAAAGAGAAAAGCUCCAGUUAUUGGCUUAUUAACCUGCAUGUUAUGUCGGAUGGUACUGCCGUGACAGCACUGUCAAGGACGCUUGCUUGGUUUCGCCGACAGAUGCUAAUUUCAGGGAUAGCUCCCAGCCGAAUUGAUAUUGUAACUGGAUGGGGUCGGCGGAGCAGGGUGACAGGAUCAUCUUUGGUGAGGCAGGCCGUGCAGGAAUUAUUGAAUAUAUUUAGCUUCCCAUUUUUCACCGAAAAUGGCAACUCUGGGUGUUUCGUAGGCUGCGGAGAGCCUCUUAAUAGAUGGUUGCUCCAAUCUUAUGUGGAGCGGAUGCAUCUACUGUAGUUGAAGUCAUGAUUUUGUUUAAUCUUUGAUUAUAGCUCGAGCACAGUUUUGUAGCUGCCUCGUGCAUUAGUAUGUUUCUAUGUAUUUAACCUUGUUCCUGUGUGUAGCUAUUUUAAGUUUCA